UGCUGGACGGACGUUAUGGGACAGACUCAGACUACUCCUCUAAGUAUUAUGAUUGAUCACUUUAAGGAUGUGAGGGGAAGAGCUAACAACCUCAGUGUGAAAGUCCGAAAGGGUCGGUUGCAGUUUUUUUGUUCUAGCGAGUGGCCAACUUUCAAUGUCGGAUGGCCACCAGAGGGGACCUUCGACCUCCCUACCAUCCACCGAGUCAGGAGUAUCAUCUCUCAGCCUAAGGCGGGCCAUCUUGAUCAGCUCCCUUACAUUAUCACUUGGCAGGACCUUGUAGAAGACCCACCCUCUUGGCUUAAGCCCUUCCUAACCCUGCUCCCUCCGGAGCCAAAACCCAUUCUUGCUUUGCAGGAGACAGAGAAGAGGAAAAGUCUUACCCAGCCUUCAGCACCCCUCUACCCUGUCCUACAGGGGGGUACUGAAGAAGAAUUAAUUUUUCCUCCCCCGUAUAACCCCUCUAGGAUGCCGGAAGAACACCAUCCUCCCCCUCCGGGGGAGGCAGACGCUGUUCCGAGAGCCGGAGGCGGAAACGCUCCAGGGGGAAGCCCGCCCUUUACCAGACAAAGGGCUCAGAGGGGGCAAUCUGCCUCCGCCGCCGACUCCACUAUUCUGCCCCUGCGAGCCACCGGACCCCCAGACGCGGAGGGGAAUCAGCCCCAUCACUAUUGGCCUUUCGCCACUAGUGACCUCUACAAUUGGAAAGCUCAGAAUCCUAAGUUUUCCGAGAAACCGGCAGGGCUUAUUGAUUUAUUAGACUCUGUUCUUUUUACCCAUCAGCCCACGUGGGAUGAUUGCCAGCAGCUUUUGCAGGUCCUGUUCACGACUGAAGAAAGAGAAAGAAUCCUCAGUGGGGCCCGAAAACUAGUUCCAGGCGCAGAUGGGAAUCCCACCACCAACCAGGCUCAGAUAGAUGCCUCCUUCCCCUUAACUUGGCCCCAGUGGGACUUCAACACGGCAGAAGGUAAGGAGAGGCUCCGGGUCUACCGCCAGACUCUAAUGGGGGGUCUCCGAAUGGCUGCUAGAAAGCCAACCAAUUUGGCCAAGGUAGGAAAUGUACAACAGGGAAAAGAUGAAUCUCGGGCUGCCUUUUUAGAACGGAUCAUGGAGGCAUUCCGUACCUACACCCCCAUGGAUCCAGAGGCUCCGGAAAGCAAGGCAGCUGUUCUCAUGGCCUUUGUAAACCAAUCGGCCAUAGACAUUAGGAGAAAAUUACAGAAAAUAGAUAGACUAGGAGAAAAAAGUCUGCAGGACUUACUGGUGGUAGCCGAAAAGGUAUAUAAUAACCGGGAGCCUCCUGAGGACAAGCAGGCUCGCGCCAUGGCGGCUGCCAGCAGUAAGCAGACUCGAGACCUGGCCAGAAUACUACUAGCUACCACUGCUGACUUCCCCGAGGAACGAGACCGCCGUCUCCGGCAGCUGGCAGACGACACAAGAAAAGGUAAAAGCACCGGGGGGAAGCAGAGGCUGCAGAAGGAUCAGUGCGCAUACUGCAAGGAGAUAGGGCAUUGGGCCCGAGAUUGUCCAAAAAGAACUGGCGGGAAGGGAAGCAAGACUGAUCGAGUAAAAGUCCUAGAGCUGGAUGAACUAAGUGAUUAGGGGAGUCAGAGUUCGGACCCUCUCCCCGAACCCAGGGUAACUCUUAAAGUGGAGGGGACCCCUAUUGACUUCCUUGUCGACACCGGAGCACAACAUUCGGUCCUCCGCACCCCACAAGGAAAACUAGCCAGCAAGAAGUCCUGGGUACAAGGGGCAACUGGUAUGAGCCAGUAUUCAUGGACUACCCGAAGAACAGUAGAUUUGGGAACGGGCCGGGUAUCCCACUCCUUUAUGGUAAUACCAGAAUGCCCCUACCCACUGUUAGGACGGGACUUACUGACCAUUGGAGCUCAGAUAACUUUCAGACAAGGGCCUCAGGUCACCGAUGGCAAGGGCCACCCCAUCCAGGUCCUGACCAUGAAACUGGAGGAUGAAUACCUCCUCCACCAGGAGGCGCUCCCGAGAGAGAAUAAUAUAGACAGAUGGCUACAAGAAUUCCCCUCAGUUUGGGCAGAGACGGGGGGGAUGGGACUAGCCGCUCACAGGACCCCAGUCCUGGUAGAGCUCAAGCCAGGAGAGAGUCCGGUAAGGAUCAAACAAUACCCCAUGUCUCAGGAGGCCCGGAAGGGGAUCCAGCCACACAUCCGGAGACUAUGAAGCCUAGGGGUACUAGUUCCUUGCCAGUCUGCCUGGAACACCCCCUUACUGCCGGUCAAAAAGCCUCAUACAA